AUGACUUCAUCCCAGCAUCUCAGCGAGCUCGACCGCACGUUUGUGAACCUGACCGAUGAUCCCGCGCAGGGCCGCGGCGCAAGGCGCACGUACAUUCGGCGCGCGGUCAUGAAGAACUUCCACAAGCGGCGGAACCAAAAGAAGAAGGCCUCGCGGCAUGAGGCCGAGAUAGCGGCAGGCAGCCGCGAGAACGCAUCAAAAGCGGCGAUGACGCCGAAUCGCCCGGUUAGCUCGCGGCUGAGUCCGCAGAUGUGUGCCCUGAUACCCAAGUUCGACCUCUUCGAACAGCGACAAUUCUCAGAGCCGUCACUGAUGCAGAUGAGCAAUUCUGUACUGAGGUAUUUGUGUGGCCAAGCAUCGAAAGUGGCUCACGAUCUGUCCCUUGUGGCCUUCCUUCAUCCUUCCUCUGAGCAAGAGCUUCAGAGCGGCUCUGCAUCUCCCAGCUCGAAGCCGAGUCCUCUCAAGACAUGCCAGAACUUGUUGCGGGCAUAUGGCUCGUGUAAAAGUGAAACUCUUGGGUUGUCUGUCGAUAGAGAGCCGCUGUGGGAGAUGAUCCAUCAGCAUCAGGAAUGGAUAUACGCAAAGGCAAGACAGUUAUCUUUCUUCUGUGACUUUGAAAUAAAGCUGGGGAGAAACAAUGCAGCCUUUCCGAAUGGAGAUAUUGCGCUUCUCUAUACUCUCGGAUCCAUUUUUAGACGUCUUCAAGUGGAGGGCACAUUGGAUGUUUCUCAGCAUCCGCAGGAGGACUGGAAGCAAUGGGUGUUUUGCGAAUCCUUCGUCCGUGUCGCCACCAUCUACUUCACCCUAAACGCCGUGCUCUCCAUGGAGAUCGGACUGCCAUGCAAUAGCCCGCUGGACUGGGAUACCGAGGGCAUGCUGCUCCCGGCUUCCAAAGCUUCAUGGUCUGCCCAGAACAUUGACGACUGGAAGAAACUGACAAGCACCUGGUUGCCGUACAAGCAGCUGAAGUGGAGAGACUUGCUCGAUCCGACACCUUUUGGCGACUCACCGGUGGACGAGUGGAGGGAAAGCUCGGAUGAACUGGGCUUGUUGGUCACAAUGGCGAUGACGAUAAGAGCUCAGCUGUUGCGCGAGGCAAUGCAAGCCGGCAGCAUCCCUUCCAGGGAAUCCUCUGCGAGUUGUCCCGUAUGA